AAACAUUACAGUCACAAACGGAAUUUACAAUUAAUUUGGUGUGUAAAAGUUUAAAUAUAAAAACAAUUUGUAAUUUUACAUUUUAAAAUGAAUAAUUCAACGAAACUUAACAAAAACAUAAUUAUUGGAUGUACGGGUAGUGUUGCUACCGUUAAAUUACCAUUACUUAUAAAAAUGCUUCUAGAUUGUGAAUGCCCCAUCAAGUUUGUGAUUAAAAUAGUAGUAACAGAACGAGCUAAGCAUUUUUUCGAUUCAAAGGACAUCCCGUUAGGAGUACAAAUUUUCAAUGAUGAAGACGAAUGGAAAAUGUGGAGCAAACGGGGUGAUCCAGUUUUGCAUAUUGAUUUGGGUAAAUGGGCAGAUGUUUUUGUUAUUGCACCAAUGGAUGCCAACUCUUUGGCAAAAUUUGCCACGGGAAUAUGUGACAAUUUAUUGAUGUGCACAGCACGUGCAUGGGAACCAACUAAACCAUUAUUAUUCUGUCCGGCAAUGAACACUAAAAUGUAUGAUCAUCCGGUAACAGCGGAGCAAAUUGGAAAAUUAAAAAAGUGGGGGUAUAUUGAAAUACCGAGUAUAUCGAAAGAAUUAGUGUGCGGUGACACUGGAGUGGGUGCUAUGGCAGAAGUGCAAACAAUAUAUCAGCAAAUAUUAGAAUGUUUUAUACCACCCCCACCACCGUCGCCACAUUCAUUAAUUAGACCAUCCGAAAAAAUAGUUGCUAUAGAUGAAAUACAAAUUGAAGAUAAUCGUGAUUUAAAAAGAAAUCAUCCCGAACAAAAAGACAUUGUGGCCGAAAAAAAUACAAUUACCGGAGAAGAAUUUUAUGAACAUGAAAUAGAAAAAAACGAUUGUCCAAUUAAUAUAACUAGAUCUUAUGGGCAACAACAACAGCAAACCCAAUUUCCGUCACAGUCACCCGUAGAUUCAACUAAUAUAUAUAUGGGAAAUACAUCUGCACCUCAAUAACUUUUAUAUUUAAAAUUUAUUUUAAUUCAUAUUAUCAAUGUUUCAAUUUUAUCUUGAUUUUUAAUUGCUUAUUUAACAUAUAAUUCAAAAUAAAAUAAUGAAUAAUAUAACAGACACGUA